AUGGUGUUUCCAGACUACUACUUCUUUGCCGAAAGACGUUUGGUAAACCAUACCAUUGAAAAGAAAGGCGUCAAUAACUUGGAUGACUGUGAGCUACUGUGUUACCUGAACGACCACUGUGUCAGUCUUAACUUCGAAAAAGAUCCAGAGAAUAAUAGACCACUUCACAUCUGUGAACUAAAUAACGCCACUCAUCUAAAAUACGACAGUCAUUUGACAACUAAUGCCACUUUUUAUUGUCGCGGCUCGAAGGUGAGUUACAAAUCGAUUUUUCGAAGUUAUCGCCUUUGAAUAAUAUUAUAACAAAAAUUAAUCUUUAUACAAAUUUUUGUGUAUUCGAUCAUUCGGUAUUUCGUUUCUCCUUUUUUUUUUAGAACGCUUGUGACAAGAGUCCCUACUGCGAAAAUAACGCAACUUGCCAGUCUGGAUUUACACUCAAGGGAUAUCGAUGCUUGUGUCCUCCUGGAUUCAAAGGAGAAUAUUGUGAAAAGGGUAUGAGUCUAAGUCAACACUUGAAAUGAACGUAUAUGAGAUUUUUUCUGAUUUUCAAUGCUGGUAUGACAACUGUUCUUUAGUUGCUGAAAGUGGCGUGAAUUUAUGUCAUUGUAUAAGGUGCUGAAUCUUAGAAUCUAAGAAAAAUUUCUUACUAUAUUUUAUUGAGCGUGUGUAAUGUAUUCUUCGUUCGCUCGUUUGUAUAUUUUGGUUUUAUUUUGUUUUGGUUUGUCUGUUUGUUUGUUUUUUUUUUUGUUUUGUUUUUGUAUUUGUAUUUGUUUUUGUUUUUUGUUUUAUCUUUUAUUAUUUUUUAUUUACCUUGAAUGUUCGACGCCUUUCCAUGGCAAAAUAAGAGCAGUUCAUUCGUAUGUCGAGUGCUUAAUAUAGUAACUGCAAGGAGAGCUCAGAAAUAAUAGCUUAAUUGAAAAGUACGGCCAGAGAACUACUAAAAGCAGGAAGCUACAAAUAAAUUGAGGUUUUUGUGAGUUGCUGAGUUGCUGAGUUCCUAUGGCUGUUUGAUAGAAAUCAAAAUGCUUAUAUCUGUAAUUGAUAUUUAUUCAUGUAUUUUUUUUUUGGUCCUUCUUUCUUUCUAAUUUUACGACAGAUAAAUGUGAGGCAUUCAUUGGCAAAUGUCACAGGGAGGCUACGUGUAAUAACACAAACGGAUCAUACGUGUGCAUAUGCAAAUCUGGAUUUAUCGGAGAUGGGCAUAAUUGUACAGGUAACCUUCAUUAGUCUCAAAAGCCUUUAGAUUCUUGUUGAAUAAUGUAAUGAGAUUUUGUUUGGUUCGUUGUUUGUUGAUGUUUAUUUUGGUAACGUGGCAAGCCAUAUUUUAAUUGUUUAGAAUAGGUGAGACAGUUACCUGACUAAAAGUUAUCAAGAGAUAGGUUUUUUGCGUAGACAACUUUUUUUCAUCAGGUACGACAAUCUCGCGUUCUCGCAAUCCAGCAGAAGAUUGAAAACAGCCGCGGCUUGCACUCUUUAAACACGGUAAUGGCUUAUGCACAACAAUUUUUGCAUAAUUUCGAAAUCCCAUUUUUUUUUUUAUCUGUGAUUUCAUAGACAUUGACGAGUGUAAAGGAAACCACUCUUGUCACGAGAACGCAAACUGCACCAACACCAAUGGAUCACAUUUAUGCGAUUGUCAGCCUGGAUAUACUGGAAAUGGCCAAAACUGCACAGGUAAAUUCGGAAUAGCAAGGAAAUGCGGUCAAGGAUGAUUUAUUUUAGUUCGUUCUUUUUUUUUUUGGUAUAUAUAACGUGUUUUGUGCUCCCGUAGCAAAACAAGAGCAGUUUAAAGCGUAUGCUUUAGAUAACACAGUAAAGGCUUAUGCCACGGCAAUAUUUGCAUAAUUCUGAAAUCCCAUUUUUUCAUCUGUGGUUUCAUAGACAUUGACGAGUGUAAAGGAAACCACUCUUGUCAUGAGAAUGCAAACUGCACCAACACCAAUGGAUCACACGUAUGCGAUUGUCAGCCUGGAUAUACUGGAAAUGGACAAAAUUGCACAGGUGAAUUCGGAAUAGCAAGGAAAUGCGGUCAUGGAUGAUUUAUUUUAGUUCUUUUUUUUUUGUAUAUAUAACGUGUUUUGUGCUCCUUUAGGAAAACAAGAGCAGUUUAUAGCGUAUGCUUUAGAUAGUCUUUGCCAUGCCAAAAAAAAAAAUUGAAAAAAAAUAGCGGUUUGAAUUGUAGGUCCAACCCGAGAAUCGCAUGAAAAAAAAAAUUGCAAAUAAGUGUUCCACUUUUUUUCAUAUACAUGUACAUGUAUGACUUUUGAAUAAAACACAAAUUCCAUUUUUCAUUCUUUUUCUUUUUUUUCUUUUCUUUUUUUUUUUUUUUUUGACAGAUAUUGACGAAUGCAAAACAUAUUCCAACAAAUGUGACGUAAAUGCUCUUUGUAACAACACGCAUGGAUCACACGUUUGCACAUGCAAACCUGGAUAUACUGGAGAUGGACGCAACUGUACAGGUACAGUC